UGCAUGUUGUCAAUGCCACAGGUUGCCUACCUGUCUCGCAUAACUCUGCACUAACCUCCACACGCUCGCGCUCUCUUCACGAGAGAAAAAAAAAAGAAUGUGGCUCAAUCCAACCGUCACCGAAUCGUUCUCGGAUUGACUCCGCCCUCAAAAGUCUCGCGACUGACACAUUUUGACAUUCUCUCAGAAAAAAACUCAGCUUUUUGUGGUCGAGGUCGUCAGAAACCUCUCGGGUUUCCUAGCAUUUCCCACAGCUGUGAGGAGUUGUCGCCUCUUGAGUGUCGACUAUGCUGGACCCGUCCUCCAGCGAUGAAUCUGAGGGAGAACUACCACCUGAGGACGAACCGCCCGUUAAAACUGGGAAACCUGUUAAAAAGAGUCCCAAACCCGAAAAGACGCCGGACGCCCCGCGAACCCAAACCAAGGAACCGGUUCCUUCGCCCGCUGAGGCGGACAAAACCGAGCAGGAGAGACUUAAGAAAGAGGAAGCGGAGAGAAAAAAUAAACUACAGAUUUAUGUGUUUGUGUUGAGAUGUAUCGCUUACCCAUUUAACGCCAAACAGCCCACAGAUAUGGCUCGCCGUCAGCAGAAGCUAAACAAGCAGCAGUUACAGGUGGUAAAGGAGCGUUUCCAGGCCUUCCUGAAAGGAGAGACACAGAUUGUCGCCGAUGAGGCUUUCUGCAACGCUGUGCGCAGUUACUAUGAGGGCUUUCUGAAGAGCGAGCGAGUGGCCCGCAUGGUCCAGAGCGGAGGCUGUUCUUCCAGUGACUUCCGCGAUGUCUUCAAGAAGAACAUCGAGCGUCGUGUGCGCAGCCUGCCCGAGAUCGACGGCUUGAGCAAAGAGACUGUCCUCAGCUCCUGGAUCACCAAAUACGACGCCAUCUACAAAGGAGAAGAGGACCAGCGGCGGCCACAGGGACGCAUGCCCUUCAGCGCUGUGUCCGAGCUCAUCCUCAGCAAGGAGCAGCUUUAUGAGAUGUUUCAGCAGAUCCUGGGAAUCAAGAAGUUUGAACAUCAGCUGCUCUACAAUGCCCUGCAGCUGGACAAUGUGGACGAGCAGGCAGCGCAGAUCCGCAGAGAGCUGGACGGGAGACUGCAGCUGGCCGAGAAAAUAGCCAGAGAGAGAAAGUUCCCAAAGUUUAUUUCCAAAGACAUGGAGAUGAUGUACGUGGAGGAGCUCAGGUCAUCUGUUAACCUGCUGAUGGCUAACCUGGAGAGCCAGCCUGUGGCCAAAGACUUCAAGCCCAAGAUCAAGCCCAAACUCACACCCAUGAACAGCUUCCUGGACAUCGGCGACGAGAACGACUUGCCUCUCUCCAAAUCCGACGUCGUGCUGUCAUUUAGUCUGGAGAUUGUGAUCAUAGAGGUGCAGGGGCUGAAAUCCGUUGCUCCUAACCGAAUUGUAUACUGCACCAUGGAGGUGGAGGGAGGAGAGAAGCUCCAGACGGAUCAAGCCGAAGCCUCCAGACCACAGUGGGGCACACAAGGAGAUUUCACCACCACACACCCCCUGCCCGCGGUCAAAGUCAAACUCUUCACCGAAAGCACUGGAGUCCUGGCUCUGGAGGACAAAGAGCUGGGCAGGGUGGUUCUUCACCCCACCACAAACGGGCCCAAAACGGCAGAGUUUCACAAGAUGGUAGUGCCUAAGAACAGCCAAGAUGUGGAUCUGAAAAUCAAACUGGCGGUCCGCAUGGACAAGCCCCCCAACAUGAAGCAUAGCGGGUAUCUUUACGCCUUAGGCCAGAGAGUCUGGAAGAGAUGGAAAAGGAGAUAUUUUGUGCUUGUUCAGGUGAGUCAGUACACAUUUGCCAUGUGCAGUUACCGGGAGAAGAAGUCAGAGCCGCAUGAGCUGAUGCAGUUGGACGGAUAUACGGUAGAUUACUCCGAUCCACAGCCAGGUCUUCAGGGAGGCAGAGCGUUCUUCAGCGCUGUUCGAGAAGGUGAUCUGGUGGUAUUCGCCAGCAGUGACGAUCAGGACCGCGCUCUUUGGGUCCAGGCCAUGUACCGCGCCACAGGCCAAUCCUACAAACCAGUAGCGCCCGCCCAGAACCAGCAGAACUGCAGAGGAGGAAACGCCCAAAAAGAUGCCCCUGUGUCCUUACUCAGUCUGGAGAAGACUCAGAGACAGGGAGUAGAGGAGCUCAUCUCUGCCAUGCCCUGCAACUUCGACCACACCAGCCUGUUCAUCGUCCUGCAGAAACACACGCUCACACAUCGCAUGAACGACUCCUUUUCCUGCCUGGGUUGGUUCAGCCCCGGCCAGGUGUUUGUUCUGGAUGAGUACUGCGCUCGAUACGGGGUGAGGGGCUGCCAUCGUCACCUCUGCUACCUGAAAGACCUUAUGGAUUUCUCGGAUAACAACGCCUUGGUGGAUCCCACCCUCCUGCAUUACAGCUAUGCCUUCUGUGCCUCACAUGUCCACGGAAACAGACCGGAUGGAAUGGGCACAGUUACAGAACAGGAGAAGGAGGAGUUUGAGGAGAUCAGGAGCAGACUGUUGACUUUAUUGGAGAAGCAAAUCACACAUUUCAGGUACUGUUUCCCCUUUGGGCGACCGGAGGGGGCUCUUAAAGCCACGCUCUCUCUUCUAGAAAGGGCUCUGAUGAAAGACAUCACCACACCAGUCCCACCUGAGGAGAUGCGCAAGAUAGUUCAGAAGUGCCUGGAAAAAGCCGCGCUCAUUAAUUAUUCCCAGCUGACCGACUACGCCCAGAUUGAAGCAGAUAGCAGCCAGGCUUCUCCAGAGAAAAGACUGGAGGACAUGAUCAGACUAGGAGAGCUGUGUAUGGAGGUGUUACAGCAGAACGAUGAGCAUCACUCUGAGGCCUUCUCCUGGUGGCCAGAGGCGAUGGGCGAGCAUGCCGAGACCUUCCUGUCGCUCUACACGGUGGACAUGGACGCAGCCCUGGCCGUCCAGCCGCAGGACUCCUGGGACAGUUUCCCCCUCUUUCAGCUGCUCAACAACUUCCUCCGAACCGACUCUCACCUGUACAAUGGAACGUUCCAUAAGCACCUCCAGGACCUGUACAUCCCUCUGGUGGUGCGCUACAUUGACCUGAUGGAGUCAUCUAUAGCUCAGUCCAUUCACCGCGGCUUUGAACAGGAGACGUGGCAAUCUGUGAAGACCAUCACCAACAAUCUGCCAAGCGUCCCACUGCCCAGGGUUCCCAACCUGCCUCUUAACCUCCCUCAGAUGCCCAGCUUCUCAGCCCCUUCCUGGAUGGGGCCGCUGUGUGACAGCACCGGACAAGGAAUUAAUUUGCCAGAUAUUUUUAACGGCUCAGCCACAUCAGAAGAUCUAUUCUGGAAGCUGGAUGCUCUUCAGAUGUUCGUGAUGGACCUGCACUGGCCAGAGCCGGAGUUUGCCAAACAUCUGGAGCAGAGGCUCAAACUGAUGGCUAGUGAUAUGAUGGAGGCCUGUGUCAAAAGGACCAAAGCUGCCUUUGACUCUAAAAUGCAGAAGUCAAGCAAGUCCACCGAUUUCCGCGUUCCCUUGUCUGUGUGCACAAUGUUCAAUGUUCUCAUGGACGCCAAGAAGCAGUGCUCCAAGCUCUGUGUUCUCGACCAAGGUCAGGAGGUUGAUCAACAGUGGCAGCAGUACCACUCGAAAAUCGAUGUCCUGAUCGAUGAGGCCUUUAAGGAAAUGAUCUCCUCCUUGGUCUCAAAGUUUGCAGCUGUUUUGGAUGGGGUGUUGUCCAAGCUCUCACGAUAUGACGAGGGAACAUUCUUUUCCUCCAUCCUGUCUUUCACGGUAAAAGCAGCAGCCAAAUAUGUGGACGUCCCAAAACCUGGUAUGGAUCUAGCAGAUACCUACAUCACCUUUGUACGGCAGAACCAGGACAUUCUGCGAGACCGUGUGAAUGACGAGGUGUACACGGAGAAAAUCUUUGAUCAAUGGUACAACUCUUUCAUGAAGGCGGUGUGCGUCUGGCUGACGGACAGACUCGACCAGCAGCUGCAUGUUUACCAACUCAAAACUCUCAUCAAGAUUGUCAAGAAGUCGUACCGUGACUUCAGGCUGCAGGGCGUGUUGGACGGCACAUUGAACAACAAGAGCUACGAGACCGUUUACAACCGGCUCACUAUCGAGGAAGCCACGGCAGCCGUGUCGGCCGCGGACGGCCUGCAGGGCAUCACCAUGAGGGACAGCGAUGAAGAGGAGGGUUAACAUCCCACCUGUGUGGAUGGUCAUAAACUCGAUACGAAGAGGUCGGAUUCCAGCUCUCCUGAUUGGAGCUCACGCUUCAUGCUCCCCAGCCAGUGCUACACUGCCCUCUUGUCUAAGCCGGUGUCACCAUGCUUGUGUAAAACUCUCAUUGGCCACUUACAGACAGCUAAAGUGUCUCUGUCGUUCUGUAUUUGAUGUGCAGUGAUGCAGUGGCUCGUCGCACGGCAAGCUCGAAUAGCACAAAUUUUACAAACAAAGGACCAGCCGAUGAUUUGUAAGCGUAUCGUAGACAUGGCGUACCGAAGUGAAAGCUAGAAAUACAGGGCGUGAGGGAAGUAGUGUCUGCUUAUGUGCUUUUUUCUUUUUGCAUCAGCUUGGGAUCCUCAGGCCAAAGCUCCAGAUAUGGUGGAUGAAAAAUGCUAGUUGUUCACUGUAUAUUUCGAUGAAGUCGUGACACUGUUCCACUCGAUAGCUAUGAGUUCACAUUCAGAUUUUUCUGUAAAAGUAACCGUUGAGUGUGUCAUGUAUAGUAUGCUGUCAAUGUCCAACUAUGUUUCAGAUGAAAGAAAAUGUCACUGGAUUUUAACAAAAGCUGUAUAUUUCUAUUGUCUUUGUGCACCUGAGAUUGCGCAGGUGUCUUAAGUGUUCCAAUUAAAGUGUUUUUAAUGUCA